AUGUCAUAUAAUAAAAAAUCAAAUUAUGAAGGUGGUUAUGGUGGUGGAUAUAAAAAAAGUUGGAAUAAUGAAGGAGGUGAUGGCGGUUACGGUGGUGGAUAUAAAAAAAGUUGGAAUAAUGAAGGAGGUGAUGGUGGAAACUAUAAAAAAAGUUGGAAUAAUCAAGGAGGUGAUGGUGGAAACUAUAAAAAGAGUUGGAAUAAUGAAGGAGGUGAUGACGGAAACUAUAAAAAAAGUUGGAAUAAUAAUAGAGAUUACAACAAUGAUCAAUCAAAUGGUGGUGGAUUUUAUAUAGAUAAAGUUGGUAGUAGAAAUAGUGGUGGAAGUGGUAGAUAUAAUGAUAGAGAUAAUGGUGGUAGGGAUUAUAACAAUGGUGGUGGCAGAUAUGGUGAUAGAAAUGGUGAUAGUAGAAAUGGUGAUAGUAGAUAUGGUGAUAGAAAUGGUAGUGGUGGAAGAGGUGGUGGUAGAGGUGGAGGUAGAGGUGGAAGAUUCAAUGAUAGAAAUGGUGAUAGAAACAGUGAAAAUAACAGAAGACCAAAUAAACAAGAAGAUGAAGAAUUUGUAGUUGAGGAUGCAACUAAUCCAUCAGCUCCACAAUUAGAUUUAGAUACAAGAUCUUAUUUCACAAGAAUUGAAUCAUUAAUUAAUAAACAAGAAGAAGCUGUUGAUCAAGAAGAAAUUGAAAUUAUGAUUGAAAAUGCAUAUAAAGAAAUUGAAGGUAAAGAAAGUUUAGUAGCAUGUGAUAAAAAGACAAGUUUAGUAUUAGAAUCAAUGUUUCAAAAAUGUAAAGAUCCAAAAGUUAUUGUUAAAUUUUUUGAAUCAUUUGGUAAAGAAUUUGAAAAGUUGAUUAAUGAUGCAAAUGGAUCAAGAGUUAUUGAAGGUUUAUUAAGAUCAACACCAAAGAUUGUAAAUAGAUCAGAUAAAGAAACAUUGAAUAAAUUCAAUGAGAUUCUCUUUAAUUUAUGUGAUUUAUUAUUAAAGGAUAUUUUAAAGACAGUAACUGAUAGAUAUGCAAGUUAUGUUUUCUCAUCAAUAAUUUUAAUUUUAUCAGGUACAGUAAAAGAAAAGAAAUUACCAAAUGGUGGAGAUCAACCAGGUCAAGGUAAUGGUCAAGGUAAUGGUCAAGGUGGUGGUAAAAAGAAACCAUAUAAAGAAAGAAUGUUAGAAUUGGAACGUCAACAAGAGAAACCAGAAUCAAAUGAAUAUCCAGUAUCAAAAGAAUUUACAGAUAAAUUAAAAGAGAUAUUAGAGAAAAUUAAAGAUCCAAUUAAAUCAAAUAUGGUUAAAUAUUCAACACAAAAGGAACCAAUUGAAACGAUUAAAUCAAUAUUUCAAGUGUUAUCAAAUGCACCAAUUGAAAUUUAUCGUUCAUGGUUAGAAGCAUUUAUAAAGAUGUCCAAUGAAGAAUUCUCAAAGAAACAACUUAUUAAAGCAAUGAAGAAUCAAUUUGGAUCAGUAUUUUGUGAAAUCAUUGUAAAGACAGCACCAGAAGUUAUCUUUUUAGAGUUGAUUCAAUUGUGUAAACAUGAUCUAUUGGAUCUUUCAGAGGAUUUCUAUGCAAAUCAUGUCGUUCAACAAUUGAUUGAUCAUUGCCAUUGUGAAGGUCAUUUCUUAACUUUAAUUCAAGAGUUUAAGGAUUCAUUUAAACAACUAUUUAAAAUGGGUAGAGGUUUAAUAGUACAGAAAUUAAUUGAACAAUCAUUGAAAUGGUCAGCCUAUGAAAAAGAGAUUAUUAAACAUUUGAAUGAAGCACUCUUACCAAAUUAUAAAACUGAUCAAAAAGAGAUUGCUAAAUAUUUAUUGGGUUUGGAGGGUAAUGUAUCUCAUAAUCAAAUGUAUUCUGCUUGUGGUGCUGUCAUACUUCAAUUGUUAUUUAAAUUCCCAAAUGACUACAAUAAAACUACCAUUGAAAGUUUCCUCUCUUUGGAUAUCGAAUAUUUACUCUCAUUGGCUACCAAUGUUAUCGGUAGUAAAGUAUUGGAUGGAUUUUUGGAUAGUCAAAAUGUACCAUUGCCAAAGAAGAAUCAAUUAAUCACUAAAUUCAAUGGUAAUUUCGUUACAAUAGGUGAAGAUCGUUAUGGUAGUUAUUCCAUUGAAAAAAUGUAUAAAAUUGCAGAUUUUAAACAAAAAGAUGUCAUUGCUGUAGAGUUGAUGAAAGAGGAAGAACGUUUAUUCGCCCGUCCAUGUGGUCGUUACGUUUUAAUGAUUUGUCAAAUUAAUAAAUAUAAGAAAAAGAAAGAUAGUUGGGCUAAUGAUGUCACUUCAAAAGAUAAAAAGAGAAAAUUAUUCUCUGACCUUUUAAAUGAUAAUGAAAAUGAAAAAGAUACUACUACUACUGCUACCUCAACAAAUAAUAAAAAAUCAAAUAAAAAACAAGAAAUUGAAAAAGUUGACCAAGAUGAAGAACAAGAUCAAAAUACUGAUGAUGAAAAACCAAAAAAGAAAUCUAAAAAAUCAAAUGAUAAACAUGAUGAAAUUGAUGAUAUAUUCAACUCAAAGUCUUCAUCAAAAAAUAAAAAAAAAUAA